GCUCUUUUCUCUAUUCCCAUCCAUUAUGAUGAAUUUUUUCCCUUUCCAUUUCAAGCCCAAGUCAGCUCUCUCUAUAUUCCUCAACAUGUCUUUCCUCUUUCUACUCUUCCUUUACACUCUCACUUCCAACGUUACUUUUCGCCAAUCCCAAAUUAGGCACAUUCAUUUGUCAAACACUACUAAUAAUGAUUGCUCCGACUUACAUAAAUUUAGUGAUUCACAAUCAAAAUGUACCUACAUAAAAGAAAACAAUUCUUGUUCUAAAAAGGGGUAUUUGAAUUAUCUUGAAUUUUUCUAUUGCGCGUUGGGUAGGUUACCACAAUUAGGGUACGUCGUCCUAGUUGUAUGGCUUGUUUUGUUAUUUUAUUUGUUAGGUAAUACAGCGGCUGAGUACUUCUGCCCUUGUGCAGAAGGGUUAUCCAAAGUCAUGAAUCUUUCUCCUGCUAUAGCUGGAACCACUCUUCUCCCUUUAGGAAAUGGGGCUAACGAUGUCUUUUCAAGUAUCAUCUCGUUCACUCAAUCGAGUAAUAGUGGCACCGUUGGUCUUAACAGUGUUUUAGGUGGUGCAUUUUUUAUUUCAUGUUUCGUCGUUGGAGUCAUAAGUAUACUUGUGUAUUCAACAACGUCCCAAAACAUAACCAUUGAUAAGUCAAGUUUUAUUAGAGAUGUGUUGUUCAUCAUUUUCUCGCUAUCGUGUCUCCUUGGGAUCAUUGUUUUCGGGAGGGUUACUUUGUGGAUGGCAAUUUGUUUCUCGGGUAUUUAUGUAGUUUACAUUUGCGUGGUUUGUGCUAUGCACUUUCUUAGUAAGAAAGAAGAAGUUAAAAAUGUCAAAGAAGAAGAUGAAUUAUUUGAUGAUCACAAUAUUGGGGUACCAUUGUUAGGCUGUAUUGAUGAGGAAAAUUGCUCCAGUGACAAAAAAGCAACACAAAUAAGUUCAUUUACUUUAGAGGCAUCAUCAUCAUCUAGCUGCAAAUUCUUAAAUCACUUUGUUCGUGUUUUGGAACUGCCUCUUUACUUGCCAAGAAGGUUGACAAUCCCUGUUGUUAGAGAGGAAAGUUGGUCCAAACCAAUGGCGGUAAUUUCAGUAACGUUGGCACCAAUUCUGGCAGCAUUUGUUUUAAGCCCUCCAAGAGAAAGCGCGGAUAGUUCCAAGGCAAACUUAGUCAUUGACAUGACAUCAAUUUUGUUUGGACUUGUUCUAGGGAAUGUGGCAUUUUUCUCUACUAAAAAGGCUAGUCCUCCAAAGAAAUGCUUGUUUCUUUGGCUUCUUGGAGGGUUUGUUAUGAGUACUACAUGGACAUAUAUUCUUGCCCAAGAAUUGGUUUCUUUGCUAGUCUCAUUUGGAUAUAUUCUUGGAAUAAACCCUUCUAUUUUAGGACUCACUGUCCUAGCUUGGGGUAACUCAACUGGGGAUCUAAUAUCCAAUGCUGCCAUGGCAUUAAAGGGUGGAAAAGAUGGUGUGCAAAUGGCAAUAUCAGCUUGUUAUGCUGGUCCAUUAUUCAAUACCUUGAUUGGUCUAGGAGUUUCACUUGUGCUUGCAUCAUUGUGGGAGUAUCCAAAUUCUUAUGUGCUUCCAAAAGAUCCUUUCCUCUUUGAAACUUUGGGAUUUCUUAUAGUAGGCUUACUAUGGGCUCUUGUCAUUUUGCGUAACAGAAAUAUGCAACCUGAUCAUUCACUUGGUGUUGGACUUCUGGCUAUUUACUUCUGCUUCUUGUUUACAAGAUUUGCAAAAGAUGGUUCAUUGCAAUUGCAACCAAGCCUGACUCGGACCAUUGCAAUCGCAAAGUGCAUUGAUCUUGGUCCAACUCUUCACUUAAGCCUUUGCAAAGGCGGUGCAGGUGUCACAAUUGCGAGGCGUCAAAUUCUUGACUCCUGCAUUCCCUGACCAAGGAUCAUGAUCAUGGAGUUAUACAAAUCAACUCUCCACCUAUCUUCUACGUAAUCGCGGUCCAUGGUUCCCCUAUCGUGCUGCCCUAGAUACAGGUGGACCAUGAACCGGGGUCUCAACCAAUCCCAUACUAAUAAGUUUUUCAAAACAUAAUACCAAUCUACAGUCUCAUAAUAUAAUUCGGAACUAAGAAUUAUAUCAUGAGUGGUCAAAUUUAUUUCAUUUUACUGCAGCUCAAUCAACAUGUUCUUUUCAGAUCUAAAAGUAGUCAAAAUCAAA